CAAAAGAAACGUAACUUCCGGGCGGGUCAAUUCAAUAGAACCAACGAAUGCUAAAGUUUGUUUUGUGAAAAUCGACUUUAAUGGGUUAGCGAUCGAAAAUAAACCCUAUCACUUGUUUUGUGGGUUCUAAAGCUAUUUGUUAGUUAUCAGUGACUGUUGUAUCAUUAUCACUUGACUGUAAUAUUUCGUUUAAAGAUUUGAUCGGACUCCAUUUACCAAGUUGUGGCAUCAUGGAGCCAUCUGAUGAUACGGGAAACCAGGAGGAGGACGUGCCCCUCAACGAUGGAUCCAAUGGCCAAUCUGACAUCUCACCAGACAUACUCAAAAUAAAAGAGCAGCUCUUUAACCAGUGCUUUGAGAUGGAAGUGCAACUUAAUACAGGAACAAACCUGAGCCCGUGCUCUAGCGCUGAAGCAGAGGAACGCUUAGCAGGCAAUGUCAGCGAGCUGGAAAGAAUCAAGGCCCUUCAUUUUAACAGCACACUGGCUUUGCACAGAAUGCAGAUGUGGCAUGCCAUUGAAGAAAAGAUGAAAGAAAAUAACUCUGAGACUGAUGCGCUGAAAGCCAUCAGUGAUCGCUGCACGAUGCUUUGCUCACAGAUAAAAACAGCUCAGCAGGAAUCAAGGGCUCUUCAAGAUGAAAUCACACAACUCCAGAAAAACAGGCUUAAGCUGAAGUGCCUCUUGCAUGAGAAAAUGAAAGAGAUUGAAGACUUGAAGGUGAAGAAACCGCACCCAGAUGCAGAAAAGUACAAAACUGUUUUGGAGAGAGGCCGCACAAACUUGGAAGAAUUAAAAAAGAUGGUCAUCAUGGGACAGAAUAUAUUGAGGGGACUUCUAUUGGCGUACAAAGUAAACUGGAUGGACGAUCGAGAGCUACGAGACAUAGCCCUGACUCUGGAGGAAUUUCCCAUCACCGACUAAAAAAACCCACCUGUCUGUUGUGUGUAUGUGUCUGUUUUAUGUUUCGAAGAUUAAAUAAAUACAAUCUAUAGC